GGAGCUGCGCAGGCAGCUGAAGUACCCGGAUGAGUGACAGGAAGAGCUGCGCAGACGUGCAGCAGAAACACAAACACACAUCAGCCGACAGUCAAGAGUGCGGUUGCCUGUUCAUCCGAAUUCAAACCACCUUUCCUAUCGAUCGAUUUGUACUCGGCCGGUCGGCAGCGCUGUUGAGUGGCUGAGAGGCCUGCAGGGGUUCGAGUGGAUCUUCAUGCCCUCUGUCAGCGGGACCUCAUGGACGACGGACAGUGGCAGAGUGACGGCCCAGUGAGGCGGGGAGGAGUAACCGACCCCGACCUCCUAAAUGACUCUGACUCCAGCCGCAGCCCUGACGAGAACCAGAACCGACUGGUGGAGGAAGCGGAGGAGGUCGAACAGGGGCCCAGUGGUGGACAGAGGCCCCUCCGACAGGAUAAUACUAAUAACAACGGUGAUGAUGAAGAUUAUGAUAGCUCCAAGGUGGAGGACGAGGAAGAGGAAGAGGUGGAUAGAAACAGUGGCGCAUACUCUCCAGAGCUGGAUGGACACAUCCGAGACUCACCAACACCCAGCCCCAGUCCCACAGUGUCAGAGGGGCUCGUGAGCCCUGAAGGGACGCCUCACGGCGAUGCUGGAUCACCCCAGGGCUUCGCUCGCUCCCUGGUGGCGUCUCUCCAGACGCUGGGGGAGCAGGGAGACCACCCUCUUCUGCCACAGUGCCUCCAUCAGAUUGCAGAGUCAUAUAUGCGUGAGGAGGACUAUGAGAGAGCAGUCGGGUUCAUACAGUUAGAGAAACUCUAUCACGAACGUCUGCUCUCUAACCUCGCCACCCUACAGCAGCAGUGGGAGAGGAGAUGGAGUUUGGUUGGCCAGUGUCAGGAUGUUCAAGAAGACAGAGACAGUGACCUGGAUGUUGAACACCUGGAGAAACUGAGACACAUCUGCAGAACACACAGACAACCUGCAUGGAGCAUUGAGAAGUGUGAGCUGUCCAAAGUGCAAAGGAACAGUGUGAUCAGAGGAACACAGGGAGGAGAGCAAAACCUGAACACGCAAGAGCUUUCAUGCAGCUCAGGGAAGGUUAUGGAGGAUCAGAGUACAUCUGAGGCACAACAGGAAGUCAUAAAGCCUGACGAUUGUAGCAGCACUGCCCCACAAUCCCACCAGAGCGAACAGCAACCUGACCCCUCCCCCUCCACAGACAGCUCCUCCUCUCCAGCCUGUGAGGAUGCAGGAGCAGAAGAGGAGAGGGAUGCCGCACCAGAGCCCGAGUCACCAAUGGACACUGCUCAGCCCGACAACACGGAGGCCCAGCCGCCUCAGACGGACACUGAUGGUCCCGGAGUGGUGAUGGAGGGAACGGGGGACACUGUGGAUACAGGGCAGGAUGUGGUGGAGCCCGUCCCACACACUAAGCAGGUUCCUCCGGAGCAGGAAGUUCCAGAGAAAACACUAGAGUUGGAGCUAGAGGAGAGCAGGAACGGAGUGGAGUCGCUGGAUAUUAUGAAUGUGUCCAUGCUGGAUGACAUGGCCAAACGCAUACAGGUGGAAGAGAUCACUCCAGCUGCUGGUCUUGUGUCUAUCUUGAAGAGAAAAGUCUCUCUGGAAGAAGCCAACAGCUCUGUCCCACCCGCCCCUAAACGGAAGGUCCGUUUCCGAGAGCCUGACGAGGGCCUGGACCAGGAUGAAGUGGGCGGAGACUCCUGGCUGCUCCUCCUCUUGUUGUGCUUGGCUACCGUGGUGAUCAGUAUGGGCGGGACUGCGCUCUACUGCACUUUCGGAGACGCCCAGUCCAGUGUGUGCACAGACUUUUCCCAUAACAUGGACUUCUACAUAGGACAGGUGCAGAGGGGCAUGGAUGAGCUCAAACACUGGCUGUCCCCGAGCUCAUAGCAGGACCGGACGAGUCAUUUUCGUCUGCAUUUCUGUAGCCUCCGUGAUCUUUAAUGCUGAGAUAUCCUCAUACAAAGACCUUUGCUGGCUCACGCUGUCACGGAUGAUGCCCGAACGAGCCCAUCUGUCAGGUCCUUAAGGGGACGUCCAGCCCCUGGAAGGCACAGCAAACCUCUCUGGCCAGUUUUUGACUCAAGUAGCCCACUGUUUACUGCCAUCAACUGAACCUCAUAUGACUUCAUUUUUAGAGUCUUAAAUUUAAAAUCUUAAUAUCACUUGGUUGACAGAGUUUUGUCUUUUAUUUAUUCGAAAAUUGAAUGACCAUCAUGGUACUGAAGAUAAAAUAAUGGACAUAAUAAUCUGUAGCCUGGACGUAGCAUUUUCCUGUGGUGGGUUCGGACUUAUGGAAAGAGCAAUACAUGUUUAUUGAGGAACAAUAGAUAUAUAGAUACAGUCAGCAGAGAGGCGAAUCUCGGUUAUCAUAGUUACCAAUUUAUUAAUAUAGGAAAAUAUCAGUAGAUUCAUUCAGCACUGUAGAUAAUAUUUUCUUUAAAAAAAUCUGUCAGAUUCUGUACAUACAGUUGACAGUGUUGUGAACCAUCCAUCAGACUGAAUUCACUUUAUUUUGUUAUUAAUGUAGUUAUUAUUACUAUUAAUUAUUAUCAUUGCUAAUAAAAAAUAAUGAUAACAGUGAUUUUAUGACUAAUAAAUAUCUAAACUAGUAAUUUUAAAGUACAGAUUCUAUAUAGAAAAAGUUGUAAGUUAUACAAUUAUAAGUUCAGAUAUUUAUUAGUGUGUGUAUAUUAUAUUUUUAUAUUAAAAAAAAUUUAAAAAUAUAUAAAAACAUUUUUGUAAAACAGCUAAUUUUAUUAAAUAGCCCAUUUCAUUUUCCCCAUAGAAAUGAAUUGGUAACUAUGCUAACCGUGAUUUGUUUUGCCCUCCAGUAUAGAACUAUUUAGCAAUGGAAAGUUUUUAAGAGAACGAGAACGUCAUAUGAUUGGAGUAUAAUUUGCUCAGGCAUGUCUCGUGUUAAUAAUCUUAACAGUUAUUUUAAUCAUGGUGUUCAAAUCCAUUUUCUUUUUGUUAUAAUAACAUGACCUCCAGUGUUAAAUAAGUCAGUUAUUUUUGGUUAUUGUCAUAAGUGCAUCCUGUGUUUAUUCUACAGAAUCUGUGUCUUGAACAGCUUUUCUGUUUCCUUUUGAAGCACAGUCUUACUAUGGUAAUGUCAACAGAAGUCUGCAGUAAAUGAAGUUAAAUUAACAUGUAGAUUUAACACAUAGAUGUCAGUUUGCUGCGGUCUGCUCAAGUGCAUGGACGUACUUGGCGAGAGCUGUAAAAGUUUAUUUUGUGUUCUCUGUUUUCUAUUUUGUAUGUUGUCUGGCUGGUUCAGAUGACCGUUGAAUGUCUUUAUUGUGUGAUUUUUUCAGUAUUUAUUUAAUGCAAUGUCUUUUAGAAUCAUACGUUCUGGUGCAUGCACUCUCUUUAACUGUCUGUACAGAGACAAUUUGAACUUAUAUUUGUUUCACAUCAUUUUGAUCGUGUAUAUAUAUCAUGUGACGAUUGCUGUAUUUCCUAAUUGUAUGAUUCAAAUGUUUAGUUAUUGUCUCCGGGGAGAAAUGCAGUGAGAUGUCUGACCAAAACCAGCUGGUGAAUAAAUCUUAUUGUUGGGACUGAG